AUGGACUGGUCUCCUGAUUACUGUCUCUCUUGCGAUCGUGAGAUCUCGCAAUCUGGUCACGGAGCGUACUGCUCACAAUCGUGCCGCCUGGCGGAUCUCGAACAUGCUUCAUGCAAUUCCGGCUCAUCAUCACCUACUACCGCUCCUACAACUUCAUGGCAGAACUCUAGCAUGAGCACUGGUGCUGGAUUCUACCUUCCUCCUCCACUCAACUUCUCUGCGAUGUCUGGAAGACAGUCAAGCUCAGCAUCCUCAUCACCUGCAUCAAGAAGCCCAAUCUCAUCUACUCCUCCUAAUCUCUACUCUUCACCAUACGCACCAAACAACACUCGUCCUUCUCAGCUUUACACCUCACCAUCACGCACCUCAUUGUCGUCAUUGAACAGCUACAACGGACAGCAGGAACCGGCAGUGCUUUCGGACAAGGUCAAGAGCGAGCUUAGGGAUUAUGCCAGCUCAUUCGACCAUGUAAGGGACUGGAAGCGAAGGAUGACAGUGGUUUAA